CUUCUCCUUCUUCCUCUUCGACCAACAAACCAACCCAAUCUCUCUCUCUCUCUCUCAUCAUGCAGCAGGGCGACUACACCUCCGCUCCGUACUACCUUUACCCUCACCUGCCGAACCCCGGCCCGAACCCUAGCGCCGCCGAUCACCCCCCGAUCUCCUUCGCCUCCGCGCCGCCCUUCUCCUCCGGCUACGCCCCCUCCGAUUUCUCCGGCUACCCUCCCUACAACGCUCCGCCGAUCCCCGAUCCGAUCGUCGCCCCCCCGACCGCCCCUUCCUACGCCCCGCCUCCGAUCUCCAAUUCCAAUCCGCAAGCCCCGCCGACGCCGCCGCCGCCGCCCCCCUUCGCCCCUUCCACCCCGCAGGCUCCGUCCUCCUUCCCUCCGUUCGAUUCUCACGCCCCGUACCAGGCGCCUCCGCCGCAGCAGCAGUCUUACUACGCCCCUCCCCCGCCCGGCCCGUCGCCCGUGCCUCCGCCCGGGCCCUACGAUCAGCAUCAGGCUGCUGCGAGCUACCCUCCGCAGUCCGCGAUCGCGCCGCCCCCUGCUCUGAACCCUAGCUCGGUCCCCAAUCCGAGCACGAACCCGCCUUACUCGUCCGUCUAUGCCUCGUCAGCUCCGUACAACCCGCCGCCGUAUGAGCCGGCGUAUGAUAAUUCCGUGAAGUACGAUCAGGGUGGCUCGUACCUCGAUGAUAGGUACGGCGGAGGAUAUGGUCGUAGCAUGUCCGAUUAUGGGUCGGAUUUCUACAGGAAGCAAUCGGAUGUUUCGCAGUAUGGCUCGGGUUCGAGGCGGGACGAUGCGUUUGGAGAUGGCGUGUAUGCUUAUGAAGGAGGGAAAGUCGAGCCAUAUGGUGCUCGAGGCACUUCUUCGAAAUCAUCGACCUGGUCUUCUGCGUUCGAUGAUUAUGGAAGACCAAUCAGUUUUCCUUCUGGGAAGGAUUCUUCAGUCAGCUCACCGAAGAUUGUAAGAGCAGUGCCCAAGGCGGAGACGCAGCAGGAUGUGAAGAGUGGGGUCCAGAAGUUUAGGGUGAAGCUCUUGCCUGAAAGUGGUUCUCAAAGUACAAUGGAUGUUCUCUGUCAGAUAGGCUUGGAUGGAAUUCGUAUGCUUGAUCCUUCGACAAGUCGGACUUUGAGGAUAUACCCUUUGGAGACCAUCACAAGAUGUGAAGUGACGGAUUCCUCUAUAUUUUCAUUUUGGUCAAAGAGUUCUGUGGAUAUUGAACCAAGGCGUAUUCGAUUACAAUCAAAUCGUUACACAACCAACACACUCCUUGAUACGGUGACAGCUGCGACUGUUCAGUUAAAGGAAAUGGGUGGAAGGAGCAGGCCUUCUGAUCCUUUAAAGACAAUUGAACAGCCUGCAGAGAGGAAGAAAGGUUUUGCUGACUGGAUGAAUCGGAUGAAGCCUGGCAUUGAAGAGAAAGAUCACUGGGUUCCCGAUGAAGCGGUUUCGAAGUGUACAGGUUGUGGAACGGAUUUUAAUGCUUUUAUUCGCAGGCACCACUGCAGGAAUUGUGGAGAUAUUUUCUGCGAUAAAUGUACCCAUGGUAGAAUUGCCCUAACUGCCGAAGAGAAUGCUCAACCAGUUCGCGUUUGUGACCGUUGUUUGGCUGAGGUUACUCAGAGACUGAGCAAUGCGAAGGAAACAUCUAGUAAACCGGUGGGAUUUCAGAGUCAUGAGGACCUUGCAAGAAAGCUUCAGGAGGAGAUGGAGAAGAAUCGUAAAGGAUCAGUAGGCUCCCAGUCAGAUGGUUCUGGAAGGAGGAUGAAGGAAGUUGCCUGUCCCAUAUGCACUGUUCAUUUGCAGGUCCAGGUUCCGACCUCUGGUUCUGAGACUAUUGAAUGUGGAGUGUGCCAGCAUCCCUUCCUCGUGAGUGCUCACUAGUGCCACCCUCUUUGGGCGAGGAGGCUUCUGCUUUAUAACUUCUUCGAAUUGUUUAGCAUAUGUGGAAAAGGGCUUUGGAUGGGUACAAUGAGGAUUAGCGAAGUAUUUAGUAAAUUCCUUUGUUUUCUUUGGAAAACCUGAGCCAAUGUCGGUUAUUCACGAUAUAAAACUGUAUAUUGAGAUUUGAGUUGGUGCUGAGUGUGAUGGUGACUUUUGUACAUGGAUGAAGUGCAGAAUUGUCAGUGCAGGUAUUGCGGUGAUGCAUAUCGCAUACCAGUGGCUUGUCACUAGUUACCUUUCGAUGUAAAAAUUAUUUGAUCAUGUUGAUCCUGUAACUUCUUUAC